UGCAGGAAGGAAGAGCUUCAGGAAUGCCUGCUCUUGGCUCCUACUAUGGAGUUGAUAUAUUAUUUACAUUUUUUCCCUUUUUUUUAAAUUAGUUUUGUGCAGCAUUGAAGCGUAGGUUAGGUGCAGUUGAGUUGCCACAGUCGAGGUGUAUUAUGGGAGGUGGAUCUGACUAAAGCAUUUGUGUAGUGUAUCUGGGGUUGAUAAUGCAGGAGCUUGAUCAGACUGUCACAAUCGGAGCGACUGUUCCGACAGGAUUUGAGCUCACUGCAGCGGAGGAGGUCCAGGAGAAGCUCGAGGCCACUGCUAAAGUCAGCAAAAACAGAGGAAGAAUUUAUUUUGAUAUAACAACAGAUAAGCUUUUUAAGGUACAUCAGCUGAAGUCUCUAGACAAUUUGUUUGUUGUGGUAAAAGAAUAUGAAGAUUACCACUUCAAAACCACAAAGGAGGAAGUGCAAUUGGAUUGGCAAGAGCUGGCCGCCAAGCUGCCUUGGACCAAUGCCUUAGAAGUCUGGAAGUUGAACAAUUCUAUAAAAAAGAAGAAAGGACGUCGGAAAAGACAUAACCCCACAAAAUCUGAUCAGUGCGGUAAUGUUAGCACCAAGUCUACUGAUAAUGUCCCAUCAGAUCCAGAAGAACUCGGGGUAGAUCUCAAGGGUCUAGAAGUGAAGGAAGGCCAAAAAGAUGUUUCUUCUCAGCCAGAAAAUGACUCUGAGGAAGAAAAACACUCUGAUAUCCAGGAUCAGGUUUCAGGGGUGGCGCCUCUUAAGUUUCGAGUAACAUGCAACAGAGCUGGAGAGAAACACUGCUUCACCUCAAAUGAUGCUGCACGAGACUUUGGAGGAGCUGUGCAAGAAUUCUUUCAGUGGAAAGCAGAUAUGACUAAAUUUGAUGUUGAGGUGCUGUUGAAUAUCCAUAAUAAUGAAGUUGUUGUUGGUAUUGCUCUCACAGUGGAGAGUCUACAUAGGAGAAACAUCACUCACUUUGGCCCCACCACUUUACGUUCUACGCUAGCUUAUGGCAUGCUUAGACUUUGCAAGCCACAGGUGUCAGAUGUGAUUGUAGAUCCCAUGUGUGGAACUGGAGCAAUACCUUUGGAGGGAGUUAUGGAAUGGCAGAAAUCGUUCUUUGUAGCUGGAGACAACAAUGGCACAGCAGUCAGCCGAUCAGUCAAUAAUAUCAAGCACAUUCUAAAGAGAACACAUGAUGGUGGAAGCUCUCCAGGCUUGCCCUUAGACAUUGUUCAGUGGGACUUGUGCAAUCUACCAAUGAGAAGCAGUUCAGUGGAUAUCAUCAUUACUGACAUGCCUUUUGGAAAAAGAAUGGGAUCCAAGAAGAAGAACUGGGAAUUAUACCCUUUAUGUCUUCGAGAAAUGGCUCGAGUUUGUAAACCUGGUACGGGAAGAGCUGUACUACUGACACAGGAUAAAAAAUGCUUCUUGAAGGCAUUGUCACAGAUGGAGGGGCUGUGGCGAAAAUCGCACACUGUUUGGGUGAAUGUGGGGGGACUGCAUGCUGGCGUUUUUGUUCUCAAAAGAACGGCAGUAGUUUUUGGCACCACUUCUGAAGAUGUAAUGGAGCCUCACACAGCAACAGGAUCACAAAAAGAGAAUAUGAAGGAUGCAAUUCAGUGAGAAGCCUGACAGACAAAUUAGCAGAUGCCUUUGUGUUCCUCCUUUUUUUUUUGAGAAAAUAACAUGCCAAAGUUCAUCUUCUCUGUUUUUCUUGAUUAGUUACUUAAGACAUAAUCUUCAUCUAUCCUGAUUCAAAGAUAAUAAAAUGUUCAAAUGUUUGUUCA